AUUCUUUGCUGGGGAUUGAAAUCUUUUGCAAUGGUAAAAUCCAAAGCCAUCGACUGUCCAAUUAUAUGUUAUCGGCCAAUUGAACCCUCAGACCUUGAAGUUUUGGAGCAAAUUCAUGGUAAUUUGUUUCCGAUCCGGUAUGAGGCGGAGUUUUUUCAUAAUGUUGUUAAUGGGCGUGACAUUGUGGCAUGGGCAGCGGUCGAUCAUAAUAGACCAGAUGGUAGAACUGAUGAGCUUAUUGGAUUUGUGACUGCACGAACUGUUCUGGCUAAAGAAAGUGAGUUAUCUGAUUUACUUCGGCAUGAUUCAUUAACCACGGAUGAAACUCUAGUAUACAUUCUUACACUUGGAGUAGUGGAAAGCUACAGAAACCUUGGGAUAGCUAGUUCACUUGUUCAAAAGGUAAUUAAAUACGCCUCAAGCAUCCCGAGUUGCCGAGCAGUUUAUUUGCAUGUAAUUUCAUACAAUAAUACUGCUAUCAAAUUCUACAAGAAAAUGUCAUUCAAGUGCCUACGAAGACUGUCGGGCUUUUACUUUAUCAAUGGCCAGCAUUAUGAUUCUUACCUGUUCGUCUACUACGUGAAUGGUGGUCGGUCUCCAUGCUCUCUAUUAGAGGUUGUGAGUUUCAUGGUGAGUUAUUUAAGGGAUGGUAUAAAGUGUGUAACUUCAAGGCUGAGGAAGAAUGAGAAAAGGAAGGUGUCAAAAUGGCCCAAAUGUAAAGAAUCUCACAGCCUUAUAUCGAUGGCACAGAGCAAGAGAAAUCUGGUGGUCGAGAGCAGUGGAUAUGAAUGUGUUUAAUUUGAUGAUAUGAUGUGAAGCACCGAGAAGGAAACCGCUCACUGUUCGCGCCUACUCUUCCUUCCUUCUACUCUUUAUAAUUUAUUGUAGUUUAAAACGUAUAUAUAUAUAUAUAUACUAAUGUGAUGAUAGUCUGUUCUCAAAUGUAAUAAACUUUGGUGAUGUUUAAUAUGAAAGUGAGCCUUAUGCAUCC